AUGCAACUAAAGGGGGAAACCAAAUCCCCAAAAAAUUCAAGUACCCCGCCUUCCCCAAAAAUCGAACCUCACCAUAUCUUUCAUGGAGUCGGCGAUUGGGGGUCUACGACUCCUCAAACUCGAAACGCCGGUGAUUUUAAGGUUUUUCUUGUCCCCGAUAUCAAAGAAGAACUAGGGUUUUAUGCUAUGGACCUCACAAGUGCGCACCCUUUUUCACUCCACUCUUUCUCUCUCUACAAACAACCUAGCAACAGCAGCAGCAGCACAAGAAAGAUGGGCGAAGGAAAAGGCUCAUCCCUGGUUCAUCUUCUAGUUAUCAUCUUAUGCUUAGUUGCUUUUGGUUUCGCCAUUGCCGCCGAACGCCGCCGUAGCUAG